AUGAAAGGUCAAGGGUACACAGAUUUUCAAAAGGUGAGACUCAAAUUAUUUCCUGUACACAUCAAAACUUAUCUUCUCCCGUUCACCAAUUCAACAUACACACCACAAUAUUAUGGACAUGCCACAGACUGUUAUGCCGGAAACAACAGUCAUGAAUGUGGUGUUCUUGGUAAAUUUAUCAUCAAUACUCAGGGUACUGGGUUAAGAAUUAAACCAUCGAUAAAUUGGAAGACAUAUGGUUUCAACGGAGUCAUUGCCAACAUCACCCGCUCCUAUGAUGGUAAUUAUAUAGAGGGAUAUUGCGGUGGUCAGUGUGGAGGAUGUGAAUCACGGGUUAUAGAUGAGUAUAACGGUCGAAAACCAGUCGAAAAAUUCGAUUUAUAUAUUGUCCUGGAUACAUUACCAGAAAUGUAG